GUCCGUAUUCCGUCGCUGAAAACUUCCUACCUUCUUUCCGCGUGUAGCGGUUUACGUAUGGCAUCACGUAAAGAGACCGGUUCAUCAUCUAACGCCGGUAUGUCUUCUACAGGUGGCACCCUGGACUCUCCCGUGAAACAGAUCCAGAUUGAAGGCCUGGUGGUGCUGAAGAUUAUCAAGCAUUACCAGGAGGAGGGCCAGGGCAGCGAAGUGGUCCAGGGAGUCCUGCUGGGGCUGGUGGUGGACGAUCGUCUGGAGAUCACAAACUGCUUCCCGUUUCCCCAGCACACAGAGGAUGACGCCGACUUUGAUGAAGUCCAAUACCAGAUGGAGAUGAUGCGUUCACUGCGUCACGUCAACAUUGACCAUCUGCAUGUGGGCUGGUACCAGUCCACCUACUACGGCUCUUUUGUCAGCCGGGCACUGCUCGACUCCCAGUUCAGCUACCAGCAUGCCAUUGAGGAGUCUGUUGUGCUCAUCUACGACCCUAUCAAGACAGCCCAGGGCUCCCUGUCCCUGAAGGCCUACAGGCUGACUCCCAAACUAAUGGAAAUCUGCAAAGAAAAAGACUUCACACCUGAGGGUCUGAAGAAAGCCAACAUUGGCUUUGAGCACAUGUUUGAGGAAGUGCCCAUUGUGAUCAAAAACUCUCACCUCAUCAGCGUCCUGAUGUGGGAGCUGGAGGACAAGUCCACCGUUAGCGACAAACAUGAACUGCUCAACCUUUCCAGCAGUAACCACCUGGAGAAGAGCCUUCAGCUUUUGAUGGACAGAGUUGAUGACAUGAGCCAGGAGAUCGUCAAAUACAACACCUACAGCCGCAACCUGAGCAAGCAGCAGCAGCAGAAGCACCAGUACCUCCAGCGCAGACAGCAGGAGAACGCUCAGAGACAGAGCAGAGGAGAACCCCCGCUGCCCGAGGAAGACAUCACCAAAAUGUUCAAGCCCCCCCAGCCCCCACCACGGAUGGACACACUUCUUAUCGCAGGGCAAAUUAACAACUACUGCCAGAACGUGAAAGAAUUUACCUCACAGAACCUGGGAAAGCUGUUCAUGGCAGAGGCUCUCCAAGGCCACAACUAGAAAUGAGACAGACAGCCAAACAUCUGAGAGACAACGCGAGCGCCAUAAAGAAAACCUAUUGCUUCACAAUAUCUCCAUUGUUUUUACUUAAAUAUUGGCCACAAAAUUAUCAGAUUUUCAUUUAAAUAAAAGGUCAUUCCCCUGGAAGAAGAA